AUGGCCGCCCCUCUCUCCAGCGCCUCUCACCCCGUCGAGGGUCCUUUGGUGCAGGAGAACGAGGCGCGUGCCACCUUCUUCGUCAUCUCGUCGUACGUCAACGAGGACAACGCGGAGGUGAUGCGCCGCUGCGUGGAGGAGGGGCACGAAUUUGGGAACCACAUGGUUGCAGACGAGCCGGCGCACCGCUACGAAGCGGAAGAGUUUCGCGAGAAGCUGCUAGAGUGCGAGACGGCCCUGCACAAGUUCAGCAAAUACAGCUACGGCCAGGGCGCCAAGUGGUUCCGGCCCCCCUGCGGCGUCUUCACGUCGAGCAUGCUGCAAGAGCUGCAGCGGUGCGACUACCACUGCGUCCUGGGAGACGUGUACAACCAUGACGUGGCUCUGCAGGACAGCACGGAGUUUCUGAUCGAGUACGUCGAGCGCUGCAGCCAGCCUGGCUCGAUCCUCAUCAUCCACACCCCGGAGCCAAACUACCGCGAAAACAACCUGCAUGUGCGCUGA